AUGUUACCAGCAAAAUAUUAUAAAACAAUUAGUGAUCAAAGCCCGCAACUAUUUGCUGUUAAACCUGAUAAAACCAUAUGGUGUCACGAUGAAAACGAAUGGUUCAGAUAUCAAAUAGCUACUGGUAUUAAAUAUAGUAAAAUUGAUUCGGAAGGUUUAAUUCCCAAGCGUGGAACGUUUUCAUCAACAAACGAAGAAGAUGAUGAACCACAUUUUGGUGAACUGGGUGAAUGUGGGUGUUGGCUUGAUUCAAAUAAAAUACUCACACCCAUACCCUUCUUAUCAUGUUUUUGUUUAUUAUAUAAAAAAUGA